AUCUAUCUGAUAUUCUUCUAGAUUCUAAUAAAAUAUGAGGGGGAUGUCAUCUUGUGCGGCGCGAGGGAGACCCCCGAUUCGAGGAUUUCCAUAGGAUCGAAGGAAGAGACACCGGAGCUGGGGCUUUACUUAUCACUUCAGACAUCCCGCUGAGCGAUGGAUCCUGAAACACGGUGGAUUUGAGCGCACUUACAAGGUCCGACGACCAUGGCAGCCUGACUUCGGCGACAAGGCUUACUCCGGUAGAAGAUGGGCAGGCUACAGGGAUGCAACUGUUGGAGCGCGCUAUUGGAGUUCGCGACCAGACCCAGGCCAAUCCCGGAAAUCAGACCAAAGGAGGUCACGUCCAGAUCGAUUGCAGCAGUUCUGCAGGUCUUCCAACCUUGGACAGGGGAGAUAUGGUGUUCUUCAAAGCGGGAGAAAAGCUGAAUCGGGGCAUCUAACAGGUUUGAUAGCUCCCUGGCAUCAGAAAUUUGGAACUGCAGAAGAUGAAUUUGACUUCACCAUUGAGAGUAAAUUUUUUCAAAUUAAAAUUAUGGAUUGUAGCUUGGUUCGCAUCUCUGAAACUAAGUGUGGAAUUACAUCUGUUUUGAAUUUUGAUAUUGCGGGAGUUAAUUGGCUAAAGGAGUCUAUACUCAAGAUUUUUUCUGAUAGGAGGGUUGGUACUAGAUUUGAGCUCAACAAAUCCCUUAUCGUUUUGUAUGAUGCUAAUUUGUUUGGGGGGUUUAUCCGAAUAGUUGAGAAGGGAGGUGAUUCUUUAUUUAUUCCUGAGGGGCGGAAUGGUCAUGGGAUCAAUUUUUUCCUUAAAGGGAUUACACGAGCUAUUAUGUUGAUGAAUGCAACCACUUCCAGAAAAGUGGCAACCGAAGAAGAUUCAAGUGAAGUUCUGUUAAUUACAACGGGUUCUAAAAGUGAUUUAGAUCUUCUACCUUUUAAUGAGGAUUAUGCGCACUCAUGUGAAACUACGAUUUCCAUUUCUGGUGUACUACUCCAGGCCGAUAUUGAGCAUCUUGAUUCGUUUGAUCAGUCUUUGGGUAUGGUUUCAUUUGAUGAUGUGCACAGCAUAAAACGGAAACAUGAGUCUGAUGAAUUCGCAAAUCUUAAAGAUUUCUUUCAGGAUGCUUUGACAAAUGGGGUGAAUUCUCUUUCUCAGUUUCUACUUCAUGAAUUUCAGAGGGUCCUUGCAUCUUCUUUAGGUAAUCUUACUUUGACACCCACAAAUGAAGGUGAUACGAAUCAGACAGGUGUUUUAGAGUCGGGAGACGAUAUUAGGAGUAGACAUGCUCAUUCUGGAUGGGAUUUUCCAGAUCUUACGACCCCUCUUGCUUGUGAGGGGUUUUAUGAUAUUCCAGACUUUACAUCUUUGGGGGAUGAAUUUAUUGGACACGUCUCAGAAAAUGAGAAGAGGGUUCCUAUCUCAACGGAGGAAGAUCUUUGGGAUUCAGAUACUAAUGAUGUUAUUUGAGAAAAGGCUUUGUUGGUCACACGAGAAAAUUGUUUGCCUACUCAAAAUCUGAACACACAAAAGGGAAUAUACAAAAAGAAGAAUCAACGAUCACAUCUUAUGAGAACUAGGUCUCAAACACGAGUGGAGCUUUGAAGAUUUGAUUGAAGAAUUAACUGAGGGUCUAUGUUUCGUUUUGGGGAGGUUUUAUCGUUAUUCUUUGGGUUGGGUUUUAUAGCUAUUAGU